CGUCAUCACAGGGAGCCUAAAAUGAGCACAACAAUAAUCCCGAGAGCUCCCACUUAUCUCUCAUUUCCUCAACCAUGGUCUCGGAACGCGUAUACAACCUAACUCACUCCGAAAAGACACUCACCGCGGCCUAUGCGGCGUCGCCCGACUCGUCGCCUGGCGAGCUGGUCAAGAAGGUGUACGAGGCGCACCACCAUGGGGUACAUGAGCCCGGCACGACGGGCGGUAUCUUCGCCACAGCGAAGAGCAUGCUCAAGACGGGCAAGACGCCCGAAGAGAGCAGAAAGGUGACGAGAGAGGACGAGCCAUCCAAAGAGGACCUCGAUCGGGCAGCGGAGUGUGGCGAGUUCGGUGCGAGGCCAAGUGAUUUGUUCUUGAAGAUCUACCAUGACGUGCUGAAGACGCUCGACGUCGAUCCAUGGGCAGGGUCCGUCUCCCCACCUCUGCUGGGCUCAAGGGGUGCAGUGUCAUUCACCAUCAUCUCUGUGAUCCCAGACAUUAUCCAACACCACUACGAUUGCAUCAUCAAGGCCGAGCAUGAGGUGUUCCUCGCUACCAAUUUCUGGCAAGCAUCAAAGUCCGCGAGUAAAAUCUGUGCUGGGUUCAUCGAGCUCUCGCGGCGUGCAGAAGUACGCGGGAAGAAGGUUGUCGUGAAGAUGAUGUACGAUCGUGCGAACUUAAAGAUGCUCACGGAAAGCCACCUCUACGUGAAGGAGGAUGAGUGGGUGAAAGAUGAGGUGAAGCUGCCCCGGCGGAGCGAGAUGCCGUGGGUGGACUUUGAGCUCGUGAACUUUCAUCAACCAGUGCUGGGGACGUUCCACAGCAAGUUUAUGAUUGUUGAUCGCAAGAUGGCGCUCCUGUGCUCGAACAAUAUCCAGGACCGGCCAAACUUCGAGAUGAUGUGCCAUCUCGAGGGUCCCAUCGUCGACAGCAUGUACGACAUGGCGCUCGUGAGCUGGCACAGGGUGAUGCACCCGCCGCUGCCGCUGCUCGGGCGUCCGUGCACUACUCCCGAGGAAGGGUAUAAGUUCGGCAUGGAGAACGAGUAUGCGACGACGCACCUGCUGGAUGGGAAGAAAGGUGAGGAAAUAUAUAAACAAAUGGUUGCGGAGGGGAAGGUCGCGCACGACCAGGACGAGGCGGCGACAUCGGAGGAGAACAAGGGCGAGCCUGGGGAGGUCAAGCCGUUCAUAUCUGGGAAAUACCAGACUAUCACCGACCACAUCAACGCCGGAGACCAGUCGAUGCUCGCGACGGUUACGUACGACCCGAUCACCGACGAGGAGUAUACCCCGCACAUCCUGCAUGCCCCGCAUGCCGAGGUGCCCAUGGCGCUCGUGAACCGCCCGCCAUACGGCAGGCCAGGCAACGAUGAGCGCGAGUUGCUGAACCCGCAGGCAUCCGCAUGGCUCGCCGCGCUGAAACAUGCUCAAAAGCGUGUGUUCAUCCAGACGCCAACGUUCAGUGCGCCGCCCGUCGUCGAGGGUGUGUUGAGCGCAGUGAGAAGAGGCAUCGAAGUUAUUCUAUACGUGGAUGUCGGAUUCAACGAUGGCGGUGAGGUCUUGCCUUAUCAAGGAGGCGCGAACGAGGUAGUCGUAAGGGAAAUGUACGCACAGUUGGCAGAGGAGGAGAAGGAGAGGUUGAAGUAUUAUUGGUACACGGCGAGGGAUCAAGUCAAGCCAAUAAAUGCACACCUGCAGCAGCGGAAUUGCCAUGUCAAGCUCAUGGUUGUCGACGACACCGUAGGUAUCAUGGGCAACGGGAAUCAAGACGUUCAAUCCUGGUACCAUAGCCAAGAGGUGAACGUGAUGAUAGACAGCCCGCAUAUCUGUGCCGAAUGGCUGGACGCGGUGGACCGCGUGCAGAACACGCAUCUGCAUCGCGUCGGGCUCGACGGCGUGUACCGUGAUGCUCAGGGAGUUGAACUGCCGGACUCGACGGGCUUGACGAAGGGCGUUCGCGGCGUGAUCAGGGGCAUACAGGGGAGUAUCGCACGGGUACAGGGUAAAGGCGGAUUUUAAGUGUGGAAAUGCUGCGUUGUUGGUGUGUGAGAUUAAUGGGUGCAGGUGCAGGCGUGAAUCUGGCGUGGACGAUGCUUCUUGGUUCGGACUCAUGCAGUUUAUACCGUUCUUCGCUGAUCUGGUUUAUGUCAACCUACAGAUUUGUAAUAUUUUGAUACUGUGCCGUCGUGUAAGUGUGCGUGAAUUUG